AUGUCAACAAUGACAUAUACUCGUGCGGCAUCCUCAGAUAGUCUUCAUAUGAAAGAUAUGACUGCUGAUGAUAGUGAUGAUGAUGUACAAGAACAACGUCGAUCGUAUGAUUACAAUAAAUUACGUCAUUUCCUUUUAACAUCCAAUGCUGAACAACGUGCUGCAAAACGCGAACAACAAGACUUUGUUAAACGAGAAUUAAUUCGAGAAUAUCUUCGAUCAAUGUCUGACCCAAACCCAAAUCGAUUCGAAGAAGUUAAAAAACGUUUUUGUGCUAGCUUGGACGAAUUCUAUGCUACUCAAGCUGCUUGUCUUGGUUGA